CUGAUCUCGGUCCCUCAGGACUGAUGUAUUUGGUUUCGUUCUGAUCCAUUAUUUUCUGUGGUCCUUCAUCUUCUCCCUCUAAUAGCUUCGCCCCCUCCUCCUCCUCAUCAGACCAGAAGCCACAAACUUCCCUAUCAUCCCGUCAGACACCUGGGCGUCCUCAUCUGCAGCAGUCCCAGCCCAGAGGUCCCACAACCGGCAGUCCCAGCCCAGAGGUCCCACAACCGGCAGUCCCAGCCCAGAGGUCCCACAACCGGCAGUCCCAGCCCAGAAGUCCCACAGCUAGAAGCCCCAGCCCAGAGGUCCCACAACCGGCAGUCCCAGCCCAGAGGUCCCACAACCGGCAGUCCCAGCCCAGAGGUCCCACAACCGGCAGUCCCAGCCCAGAGGUCCCACAACCGGCAGUCCCAGCCCAGAAGUCCCACAGCUGGAAGCCCCAGCCCAGAGGUCCCACAACCGGCAGUCCCAGCCCAGAGGUCCCACAACCGGCAGUCCCAGCCCAGAGGUCCCACAACCGGCAGUCCCAGCCCAGAGGUCCCACAACCGGCAGCCCCAGCCCAGAGGUCCCACAGCCGGCAGCCCCAGCCCAGAGGUCCCACAGCCGGCAGCCCCAGCCCAGAAGUCCCACAGCCGGCAGCCCCAGCCCAGAGGUCCCACAGCCGGCAGCCCCAGCCCAGAAGUCCCACAGCCGGCAGCCCCAGCCCAGAGGUCCCACAGCCGGCAGCCCCAGCCCAGAGGUCCCACAAUUUCUCCAGAUCCUCUGUGUGGAGACAAGUCGACCUCCUAUGGAUAUUGUGAAGCCUCCACCAGACGAGGAGGAAGAGAACAAUGAGAAGGCUUCCGACCUCACGGUGUUUGCCAGUAACUCUACCCUGCAUGGGAUCAGCCACGUCUUCCUGCCCGGUGGGGUCACCCCCAGACGGGUGUUUUGGGCGUGCGCCUUUCUGUCCUCUCUCAGCUGUUUUCUCUUCCAAGUAGCCGAUCGGAUCAUCUAUUACUCGGAGUUCCACCAUGUCACCACGCUGGAUGAGAUGGAGAGCACCCUCAUGACCUUCCCGGCCAUCACCAUCUGCAACUACAACAAGUUUCGUCUGUCGCAGCUGACCGCCCGGGACCUGGAUUACAUGGGGGACCUGCUGGGGCUGCGGAAGGACAUGGAGGAGCUGAAGGACGUGAUCCAGAACAGCAGCGAACCCGACCGACCCUUCUCACUCAAAGAAUUCUACGAGCGAACGGGUCACAAAAUGGAGGACAUGAUGCUGGAAUGUCGCUACCGCAACCGAGAAUGUGGACCCAAGAACUUCUCAGUGGAAUACACAAGCAAUGGGAAGUGCUACACCUUUAACUCUGGAAAGCCGGGAUACGAGCUGCUGUAUACCCUAAAGGGGGGCACCGGGAAUGGCCUGGAACUAAUGCUGGACAUACAGCAGGACGAGUACAUCCCGGUGGUGGAGGAUACAGUGGACUCUCUUCUGGAGGCCGGGGUGAAGGUUCAGAUUCACAGUCAGGAUGAGCCCCCCUACAUCGGUCAGCUGGGGUUCGGUGUGGCCCCAGGGUUCCAGACCUUUGUGUCCUGUCAGCAGCAGCAGCUGACCUACCUUCCUCCACCGUGGGGUGACUGUAAGGAUUCAGCCUUUACGUCUCCUUACUUUGAUAAAUAUAGCAUCUCCGCCUGUCGCAUCGACUGUGAGACUCGUCUUAUCCUGAAGGAGUGUAAAUGUCGACUGGUCCACAUGCCAGGUAAUGACACCAUAUGUGAGCUGGAGGACGACGUCAGCUGUGCCGAGGAACAUCUAAAGAAAAUCGAGACCUCAAAUGACGAGGAGCCGCUGUGUGACUGCGAGACACCGUGUAAAAUGGUCCGAUACGGGAAAGAGCUGUCCAUGGUGAAGAUCCCGAGCAAGUCCGCCGCCAAAUACAUGGCCAAGAAAUACAACCGCACCGAGGACUACAUCAAGGACAACAUUCUGGUUCUCGAUAUCUUUUUUGAGGCGUUGAACUACGAGACCAUCGAGCAGAAGAAGGCCUAUGAAGUGGCUGGUCUGCUGGGUGAUAUCGGGGGCCAAAUGGGCUUGUUCAUAGGGGCCAGUAUCCUCACCAUCCUGGAGAUCAUUGACUACCUGUAUGAGGUUCUCAGAGAUAAAGUUCUCGGUUAUUUACAGAAGAGAAAGAAAGAAGAAAGGAAAGAAAGUGACCUGGGGAGCCCAGACGUCUUGUCCAGCCCCGCCCUGGUCCCCAUUCCUAACUCCAGGAUCCAUGGCGCACACUGCGGAGCCCACCAUACUGUCCUAAGUGCUCACCGCACGUCAUACCUCGUCACCAGGCUGUAGGGUCCAUAAGAGAAUUCGCCUGCUGACCGCCCGGACGCCGCUCCGCAGACCCAGAACGGCCGGAAAUAAAUUCUUCACCCAAGAGAAUCCUG